CACGGAUAAGAACUCCAACAAUACAAAACAAAAGAACUUUCCCUUCCACACUUCCACUUCUUCUUCUUCUCCCUCCAUUUCAAAAUCACAUCCCUAAAACGGAAGAAAAACAGAGAGAGUGAUACACAUGUCUGUUUUGGGUGCAAGCACUUCCCACAUUCUCUACCCACCACUUCACCAACACCACUUUCUAACCAAUGCGAAGCGUUGUAGUUUUCUCAGUACAGAUUUUGGAGAUCACCGGCGCAGGGAGCUCCGGAUCAAGGCCGAGGCUGGCUUUUGGCCGGAUUUGUCAAGACCCGCCUCGGUGGAAAUGGAAUCCAUCGACGAUUCCGAUCAACUAGAUCGGAUUUUGAUCCACGCUCAACACCUUUCUCAGCCAAUUCUUAUUGAUUGGAUGGCAACUUGGUGUAGGAAAUGCAUCUACUUGAAGCCUAAACUCGAGAAACUUGCUGCUGAUUAUGUUACCAAAGCAAAAUUCUACUAUGUAGAUGUGAAUAAGGUCCCUCAAUCUCUUGUAAAACGUGGAAACAUAUCUAAAAUGCCGACAAUUCAGUUAUUAAUUUAUUAGCUUUGGAAAGAUGGAGAAAUGAAAGCAGAAGUAAUUGGAGGGCACAAAGCUUGGCUUGUGAUUGAAGAAGUUAGAGAAAUGAUCCAAAAGUUUGCUUCAUAAUAUUUUGUUCACGACUCUUCCUUUGUUCAUUUAUUAUAAUUACUUCAUCUUCAACCUCCCCUUACCUGAAUUGUCAAAAUCUUGACACCUUUAAUUUUAGGUUGUUUGCACCUAAUAUCAAUCACAUAUGUAUCUAUCUCUUCAUUGUACACAUUACAUACAAAUAUUUUACCUUCUCUUCAAUAUAGUAUUUAAAGAAUGAAAAGCUGCAA